AUGGAUCUUGACCUUGCAUUAUUGGCAGAGCAACCAACUUUUGUUAUGGAAUCUAGUACCUCUGAACAGAGGAAAGAUUAUGAGAAAAGGGAUCACUCCAAUCGCAUGAGUCUCGUGAUCAUUAAGUGCGACGUUCCCGUGGUCUUUAGGGGUACUAUAUCGAAAGAUAUAACAAAUGUCAAAAAAAUUCUUAUUGAGAUUGAAAAGCGUUUCAAGAAAAGAAAUAAGGCAAAAACAAGUAGUCUUCUUCGGAACUUGAUUUCCAUGAAUUGUCAAGGCAAAGGAAAUAUAAUGGAAUACAUUAUGGAAAUGUCAAAGAUUAUUUCAAAACUUAAGGCACUAAAGCUUGAGAUGUCUGAAGGCUUGCUCAUUCAUUUAGUAUUACUUUAUCUUCCUUUACAAUUCAGCCAGUUUAAGAUAUCUUAUAACUGUCAAAAGGAGAAACGAUCUCUUAAUGAGCUCAUUUAA